AUGCAAUACAAAACUGGUCUAUCAUCUGCAGCUCUUCUAGCUGCUGCAGUUUCCGCUCAAUCCAACAGCUCUAAUAACGUUCCAUCUUCAUGCUCUUUCAGUGCGGUUGCCACUGCCACUUCCCAAGCAGACCUAGACAGAUACAGUCAGUGCCGUAAGUUGGUCGGUGACUUGGUCGUCACUGGUGAGCUAGGCUCUGCAAGCUUGGCUAACGUCCAGGAGCUAGACGGUUCUUUGACUAUUGCUGGUGCUACCAAGAUGGUGAACUUCGCCGCCGACUCUUUGAAGUCUAUCUCCAACCAGUUGAACUUGACUGGUUUGACUGUUUUGGAGACUGCUUCCUUUGGCUCCUUGGAGAAGGUCAAGUCUAUCGAUUUGACAACUUUGCCAGCUCUUACUUCCUUGGUCACCAAGUUGCAAACCGCUGACAACAUCAUCAUUGCUGACACUGGUUUGGAAUCUAUUGAAGGAUUCGAGGCUUUGGACACUGUCCAGAUCUUCAACGUCAACAACAACAGAGGUUUGUCCGUUGUUAACUCCAAGUUGAAGUCUGUUACCAAUGCAUUGGAAGUUCUUUACAACGGUAAGGACGCACAAGUCACAUUUGACAACUUGAUCUGGUCUAACAACAUUACUUUGAGAGACGUUAGCUCUGCAUCUUUUAAGAACUUAGAGAAGGUUAACUCCUCUCUAGGUUUCUUCAGCAACGACGUUGACAACAUCAGAUUCCCUAAGUUGACUAAUGUUGGGGGUUCUUUGUCCAUUGUUGAAAACAACAAGUUAACAGACGUUAAUUUCUCCAACUUGACUAACAUCGGUGGUGCUCUUGUCGUUGCCAACAACACUGCUCUAAGACAAAUCAAGGGUUUCAACAACUUGCAAACCAUUGGUAGUGCUUUGGUAGUUAGAGGUGACUUCGGCAGAUUGGACUUGGAGAAAUUGAAGACCAUUAGAGGUGGUGCUGAUGUCCAAACCACAUCCGCAAACUACACCUGUGACAGCUUGGCUGACCUGCAAAAGUCUGGUGGUAUUCAAGGUGACAAGUUCGUUUGUAAGAACGGUGCUUCCUCAACUUCUGUGAGCUUGGGUACUGCCACCAGCGCCACUGCUAGCGGUAGUUCCAGAAGCUCUUCCAGCAGCAGAUCAUCUUCCUCCAACGCUGCCCCAGACUCCCUUGCAAACGCAUCUUUCAUGGGUGCUAUUGCUGCUGUCGCCCUAGCCCUAUUGUAG